AUGAAAGAGAAAGAAAAUAUAAAAAAAUUUGGAAAGGAGGAAAAAGGAGAAAAAGGUAAAAAAGAGAUAAAUGAAAAGGAAAAAGAAAAAGAAAUAAAAGAAGAAAAAAAAAAAAAUGAAGAAAAAGAAAAAAAGAAGGAAAGAAAGGAAGAAGAAAAGGAAGAAAAAAAAAAAAAGAAGGAAAAAAAGGAAGAAAAAGAGGAAGAAGAAAAAGAAGAAAAAAAGGAGGAAAAAGAGGAAGAAGAAAGAGAAAAAGAAAGCGUUUACGUUAAAAGAAUAAUAAAUGUUGAAAUAACAACAGAAAUAAGAAAUUUUAUAGUACUAUUUAUAGAAAAUAGAGAAGAGAUUAUAAAUUGGUGUAUUAAAAAUAAUUCUUUAUAUUCAAAUAAAAUUAAUGAAAAAACUUCUAAUAUUAUUUUUAAUGAUUCAAAAAAUAUAGAGAAAUAUUUGAAAGAGAAAAAUAUAAAUAUUGAUAUUUUAAGUGUUCUUAUAUAUUUCUAUAACUUAUAUUGUAUUCAUAACAAUAAAGGGAAAAUAAAUUUUCAUAACAUGAUGUAUAAUUCAUUUAUAACUUACAGAGGUAUAUAUGAAAAUAUCGAUAAAAAUAGUAAAUCCUUUAAAAAUUUACUAAAAGAAGAAAGGAAAUACAAAAAAAUCAUGGGAAAUAAAAACAACGGACUAAAUGAUUUUUUUUUUAAUUACAAAAAGGCAUUUCCAUAUGGAAUAAAUUUAAUAUUGGGAUUAUUUUUAACUUUUUUGAGCGGUUAUUAUGGAUGUCUUUUAUUAGGGUAUACUAAAUUUACAACGAGGUUAAUAUGUGGUAUAUUAUUUUCCUAUAUUACUUUAAUUGUUGAAGUCAUAAUUUUUAUAAUUAUUAAUGAAAAAGUAGAAAAUUUAAAUAAAAAUCAAAUAUGCAUGAAUAGCAAUAACGGUUUAUAUGAAAAAGUUCGUAUUAAAGAAGAAAACUAUGAUUCAAAGAAAAUAGAUGAAAUUAAAGAAAUAAAUAAGCAUUCAACUUUAAAAAAAAGGAAGAAAACAUGA